AUGCCAGCAUCAGAACUACCACUUGAGAUUCUUUUGCAAAUCGCCGAGCUUUUAUUGACAAAUGACAGACGCUCUUGUGCUCUCACCUGUAAGGGAUGGAGAUAUCCGUUUCAAGAGUUCUUAUGGAAACACAUACAUGUAGAUUCCAUGAAUAAUUUUGAAACCCUCUUUAAUACAAUUGAGGAUUCCAGAAUCAUGUCUAAAUCAUAUGGCCCAUUAGUACGUAGCUUGCGUUUGUGUGGAGAGUGCAUCAUACCAAGUAUACAGCAAGAUCAUUUCUUAAGAUCUCUACCAAACCUAAAACAUCUUGAUCUUGGGCGCAUGAGUUACAAAUUGAUCAACCCGGAAAUGACAAGGAUCAACGAUACAUGGAUGUCGCUCGAAAGCCUAAGAAUCAAGAUUCCGCAUUCUGGAAUAGAAGAAACAACUGAAGAAAUUAUUGAAUUCUUGACAAAUAUUAGCAAACUCCAGAAAAUUGAACUUAUUCAAUGUAGCUGGAACAAUUCAAUAAAAUAUAUGCUAGAUGACUUUGACAAAAUUCACCAAAAAUUACAGCAGCUGUCGUGUAUGAAAGCCAGCAUAUCUCUCGGCAAUAUAUUGCACCCAGCCCAACUCAUGAUUCCAAAUACUAUCCCAGCACUGGCCUUGACAAGGCUUGAUCUAAAUUUGCGCGAUUGGGAUCCUUUGUGGCUGUACUAUUUUGGUCAUAAAUAUCCAAACUUGCGUUUUAUUAAAUUGGAUAUUUCGCAUGUACGGGAGUGCAAGAUACCUGAAGAAGUUAUGCGAAGAAACUCGGCUCUUUUUCUUUACAAUCCGGACGCAAUGCAGUAUUUGGAAACAUUUAAUCUUAUUACUAAAGAUAUUUCAGAUUCGAGCCAUGUUGCGUUAUGGGACUUUAUCUGUCCAUUGAACAUCCAGAUCAAGCACUUAAAAUACACAAUGAAACACAAGAACGGCGGUGGACACUUUUUUAAAAUGAUUAUUAAAGGUGCUUUGCGGACUUUUGCGGAUACGCUCGAGACUCUUUCGGUCGAGGGAAAUGUAUAUUUUGAUAGUAAAUAUACAUCAAAAAUAGAACUUUCUCCUUACUGUCCGUUAUUGGUGGAUCUUAGAAUCAGCAACUGUGGUUUAUCGAUCGAUAUUAGCAAUAUAUUGGACAACUGUGGAUCCCUGAGACGAUUACGGCUUUAUAACGGUGAAUUGUGUAUUAGCCAAGACGCAGCAAACCAAAAAUCAAAGAGACAAAAAGAUCACCAACACCACGGCCUCAAUAUUUUGGAGCUACACGAAGUUCUUACAAGUGAUAGUGUAUUCAAACACAUCUCUUUUAGGUGUCGACAUCUGCAAUAUAUGAACUUGGACACUUUAACCAUAGUUGAAUCGAUUUCUAAGAAAACUGGGAACCUACUCAUCGAUAUGUCUCACACUUUAUUCAAGGUAUUACGCCUCGACAAUAUUCAAUAUUACUCUUUGUACGAUGAUACAGACGAUCAAAUUGCCAUAAACCUACUGCUAUUAUCUCAGUUGAAUAACUCUCUUUCCCCAAACAAGAACAAACAAAAGGAAUUCACGGGCUUAAAAUUUACUGUAGUAGAUCACACCAAUCACAUCGCUUGGCUCCACACAUUUCACAAUAUUGCACAUAAGAGAAAUUCCGAAACAGAUAUCAGACGUCUUUCAAGACAGGUUUCAAACACCACCCUCAAACACCACCAAGAUAGCCACACCAAAAAAAAACCCAAAGUGUCGAAAAGCACUGGAUUGCGUAACAAAUAUGAUUCCUGUGAAAGUUGGCAAGAUUAUCUUCUUGAAGAAUAUGUUGAAUUGAGAUGUGGCCACGUAGCCAAAGCUAUUCUUCCUGGACUUCCGUCAAAAGACAAAGAGUUUUGGGAUGAAUUGUACGAUAGACUUUUUAAGAACAAAAUUGUUGCGAUGGAUUUAUGUAAAACAAGACCGAUUUUUGAUGGACUUGGAGAUCAAUCUAUUGCAUAUAUAUUGGAUUACGAAGCACGCCUUCUACUUUGUACUAUUAAUUAUCGUUUUCUUCAACAGUGA